AUGGAUCCCCUUCAAGUCACUCCUAUCGAGGAUCGAUGGGAAGAAAUUGAGCCAGGGUGGGCUGAGAGGAUUCUCAACGCAGUCAUAUCGUCAGACACUGAGACUCUGGAGGCCUUGAUAAACCAAUCAAACGAAGGCAUCAACACUCAAAACUCGUACGGUUUGACAGCCUUACAUCUGGCAGUUUUCAAUCACAGCGAGACGGCGACCGAAAUUCUCUUGAACCAUGGAGCCGACAUUGAGGCAACGGCUCCAGACGGCCGGAGACCACUAUACCUGGCUGUUGAGCAGAGAUGUCUGGAGGUCACUCAGACGCUCUUAAGACAUGGCGCAGUUCCUGAUGCGGAGGCGCAGGGAUUGACACCGCUUCACGCGGCGGUCUUGCAAAGUGACCUCGAGAUGUGCGGCCUGCUACUUGAAUACGGGGCUGAUGUUAGCGCCCGGAACCACGAUGGAAGAGAGCCGUUGUUUCUCGCCGUCAACAAGGGCAAUGCAAACAUCAUCAAGCUCUUGCUGGACCAUCAUGCUGACCCUGACUCCAUUUGCGCCGAGGAUCCUCCAACAGCUCUCCAUUUGGCAUGCGAUAAUGGUAAACUCGAAGUCAUUGAGGUACUAUUGGAGUAUGGCGCUAGCAUCAAUAGUUUGAGAGAUCUGGACGGAGGAACACCGCUGUUUCGGGCCGUCGCCUCAGGCAGCGUAGAUGCAGUCAGGCUGCUUUUGCAAAGAGGAGCUAAAACUCACGUCUGGGGAACGGAUGGACAAUCUGUUCUUGACCUGGCAAAAGGAAAUGAGGAGAUGCUUCAGGUCCUACAGGGUGAAAGGAUCUUGCUAGGGCCCCGAAUCCGAAACUUUGACGAAGCUGGGGGUGUAGAGCAGCCUUCGACGGGACUUAGACCCCCUCCACCUCCAGCCGAGAGCGAUCGCGACAAGGCAGUUGCGUGCCACGGGUUUGACGCCAUCACUAUCGACUUCUUUACUGCGGGAGAACAUGAGAAGCUGAUUCCGAAGACGGUAUCUGUCUAUGACCUUCUCUAUAGUCAUGGUCCAGAGGCCAUCAAAAGCCGCCUUGAUGGCAACGAGCCGAAUUUCACUUGGUAUCAUCUGCCGACAAACAACAUGGUUUGGGUUGAAAGCCUCGUCAGACGCCUAGCAGCCGAGAAAGGGGGGAUCUCGGCAGAGAGCUACGACAACGCCAGGUCCGAAUUAGAGUUGUUGAGAUCUGACUCAGGCAAGAAGCCUCAGUCGUUUGCAACUCGCUUCUCAGCUAUGCGGCCACACUGCCGUCGUGUACCGAGCCAUAAUUCCUUUUCUUUAACUGGUUCUGGGGAUAGCAUCGUUUCGUUUAUACCGUUUUUGCACUUUGAAACAUUCAGUGGAUAUACAUCAAUGGUAAGGGCACUUGAAAGCAGGCCAAAGAAGCGACCACGGCCUCCCGGUUUUGCUCAUGGCCAUGGUCAUAACCAUCCUCCCCGGCAUCCUCCUCCUCCGCCUCCAGGUUUUAUCGUCGGGAAAGAUAGACCUGGCUCAGAGAACGGUCCCGCCGCGAUUCACCUUAAUUCGGCCACCAAUAGUUCUGGAAAUUCGGACAGUACCUCAAACAACGAUCCCCCGGAUCAAAAUUUCAUGUCGCGCAUGAAUUUUGCUUUCAGAUCAUUCAAGACACUUAAAGAUCGACUAAGCAUCUGGCAUCGGCAGAAGCCAAGCUCAGGCAGUGGAUCAAAUAGUCUUGCAACUGGUGUGGCGCUGGAAAGGGACCUUGAGAGGCAAUCCGUUGCGACUGGUUCCAACAUCGCCGAAUCCCAAAGAAAUGGGAAUAGCCAGGGAGAGGAGGAACAACCCGAACCAGAGGUCCAAGAUGAGCCGCCGUCACAGACCAAUAGGAAAUCAGAACCCGAAGUACAGGCUGUGCUUUCCAAUAGCCGUCCUGCAAGUGUUGAUCGGACAAGUAUCACUGCCGCCAUCGGGAUACAAGACUUUCCAAUUAUGACAAGGAAGUCGACGCCGCGUAGUAAUAAAAGUGGGAUAUCAGAGACGAAAGACGUGGAACAAGACGCUCAGGACCAAGACCAGCCGUUGGCUGUACCACAGAAUCUCAGACCUGGUGAGAGACAAGAGCAUCCUCAGCAUCAAACGCCAACGUUGGCACCGCGGAGAUGGGAAAAGAAGAAUCAUAGGCACGCUCCUCCCACUGGAAAUCUGCACGAAUACUUGAUUCGAGGCUAUUUCGAUCCUGGCAAGCAAGGGAUACGACCGCGGCGUACCCUGGAUCAAUAUGUGUAUGCUCACAUUGAGACGACGUCCCACCGUGACGACGAUCAGGUUGUUUAUCGCUACACAAAGACCGGCCUAGCCUCGGACCCAAAGAUAAUCAUGGUAGAUCAGCUGUGGUUGUGGAUUCUAGGGGAUGACACAGUGAUAUCUUGCUGCCCGCUCCGGUGGAACUCUUGGUUGCCGAGAGGUUUUAAACCGAAACCUGGACCAGUCGCACAAACCUCGAAACAGGCUUUCUAUAUUCGAUGGAUAGCCAAUGCGCUGCAGCAGACCCACGCAGAAGGAGUACGGCAGCAGCCCUUCGUCGAACAGGUUUCCAAGAAGAAACAACGAGAUGAGAGAUACCGAGGACCGAAAGAGAACACAGCAAAGACAGGAACUUGGCCAGAGAUCAACUUGAACGAUCCAUUGAGUGUUCCCCAGUUGGUCACGCAACACCUGUCGAGGCCAGGCCGGAGCGCAAUCGGCUCGGUUCAUGAUCUUGCAAGCCUCAUUACCACAUGUUGCGUGGAGCUACUCGACCCCCACAGAGUCGACGAGGAUUUUCUCUUUUUCGACUUUUUCGAACGGUCUAUUGGCCAAGCGAAUGAAAAGGUAGCCAACUAUUUGAGAGAGUUCAAAGCGGCACUGAGCGAAGGGUACGGCGCAGUCAUGGACAUUGCCAACGAGACAGAACUCAUGAUUGAAGUUGACGAUAUCUUGGACGAAUUGCAUACCCUGAAGCUGGUUCUGACAGACCAAAAAAUUGUCGUCGAAGACCUCAACGAAACCUUUAAGAAAACGGCAAAUUCUGGCAAUAAAGCCCCGUCUGUCGAGAUGAGAACGCUGGAGAAUCAUCUCGUACGGAUUGAGCAAAUGGAGCAGGCAGCUAAAAAAGUGGACAAAUCUCUACAUCGCUUGAUGGACCUCAAACAAAAGCAGGCCAGUUUAAGUGAGGCGUUGUACGCCCGAGAAUCAGCAAUAGACACUGCCCGGCAGGGGAAGACUGUCAUUGUUUUUACCGUUGUGACAAUUCUCUUUUUACCCGUAUCCUUCAUUGCAGCAAUCUUUGCGAUCAACACCAACGGCUUCCCUCUCGACGCGGACGACAAAAUUCCCUUUGACUACCUCAUGAAGAAUAUUUUGGCUAUUGGACUAGGUCUUUCCAUCCCACUUAUCGUCAUAGCAUUCAACGUCGACAGAAUAGCCGGGUGGCUGAACGCCCUUCGUGAUACAAGAGGCAAUUUAUGGCAAUGGGGAAUCGGCAUCUCGGCAGGUGCUGCAGUGUUCCUGGCAAUCUUGGGGCCUGCACUAAUGUUAUCAAAUCGCGCCUGCGACUAUCAUAUCAUCUAG